GUUUUCUUGACGGUGAAGAUUAGCCUCGAAGAUCCCUUGCUGAGCGGCUUCCAUCGUCGCGGCCGUCGCAAGCUUAAGGAGAUCGAGGAAGGCAUUCCGGAUUGCCAUGUGAAGUUUGAGAAAGCGAAUGCUUGUUUGAUGGUGAGCGGAAGCCUGGAAGCCAUCGAGAUGGUCAGAUUCAGGGUGGAAUGCAUGACAGGCCCGAGGAAGCGGCUGUCGGUAGCGACCUGGGCUGAGAUGAUGAGAACCAGGAUGUCCCAGGACCAGGGGGCCAUAGUCGCCGAGAUUCAGCGCCUCACGGGUUGCCGGUUGCACAUUGAGCGCGGCUCCGCUGAGGUAAGGCUCUUCGGACCUGAUGAUUCGGUGGCUCAAGCCGAUCAGAUGUUGGACCGUUUUGAGGCCAUGUGCAGUGAAACCGACUUGAAUGUGCCAAUUACCUUCCUCCCAAACGUCAACAUGGAGGUGCUUGGAAGAGUUGCGCAGGACCUGUGUGUGAGCUGCCAGAUGACGCAAGACAGGAUGAUUUUGAUCAUGGGCUUUGAGGCGGCAGUGACUUUGGCCAAGCCAAUCAUGGAACGCUACAUUUUGGAGGGGGGCAACCAUGCCCCUGACUCCAGAAUCGCCCAACUGGUAGAAGAAGCUGUACAAAUGAUUUGCGCGGAGUCGGGCCAGACCAAUCUAGGAGACCUCGAUUAUGAAGAGGCUGCAGAGCUGGUGGAGAAAUGGGGACAACUC